AUGACGGCUUGUAACUUAAGAUCGCUGCUGAUCGCAGCAAUCGCUUUAAGUAAUUGUAUAACAUGGACGGCAUCGAGGCAUCACUUUACGCAUAAUGUACAUGGUCACCGAAGCAGGCACAGGCGACAAGGCGCAGGACUAUACUUAUCUGCGUCUUACGUAAUCCCCGGAGGAGAAGGCGAGGGGUGGGGAGAAUGGGGGAACACCUCACCCUGUUCCCGCACCUGCGGUGGCGGAGUAGCUCACCAGAAGAGGAUAUGUCUGGCAAUCGGGCCAGACGGACAACCGCAGUGCAGGGGUGGUGACACGAAGUACUUCUCUUGUGAGACGCAAGACUGUCCGCCAGAUGCCAAGGACUUUAGAGCUGAACAGUGCGCUGAUUUCAACGACAAGGACUUCAGGGGAGCCAAAUAUAAUUGGGUCCCAUAUACGAAGGCAGUUAACCCUUGUGAACUGAACUGCAUGCCACACGGAGAACGAUUUUACUACCGACACAAGCCGAAGGUUAUCGACGGCACCCGGUGCACACAGGACAGCUACGAUGUCUGCGUGGACGGAGUUUGCCAGAUGGUGGGCUGUGAUAUGAUGCUGGGUUCGAACGCUCGUGAGGAUAAGUGCCGGGAGUGCCGUGGCAAUGGAUCCAACUGCAUCACUACAGCGGGCCUGCUUGAUACUCAGGAUCUUAUUAAGGGUUAUAACGACAUCCUGCUGAUACCGGCGGGCUCAACGACAAUUGUAAUUGAGGAAAUUGAACCUUCGAAUAAUUAUUUAGCGCUUCGAAACAAAAAUGGUACAUAUUACCUGAACGGUCAUUACCACAUCGACUUUCCGAAAAGCACAAUGAUUGCUGGAGCGCUCUGGACUUACGAGCGCAGUCAAUCAAGCUAUCCAGCUCCCGACAAACUCAGAUGCAUGGGUCCUACCAUUGAACCGCUGUAUCUAUCUCUUCUACUUCAAGACGUGAACGUUGGUAUCCAGUACGAGUACAGUUUGCCGAAAGACAAAGCUCCAUACACUGACAAACAGUACCACUGGGUGCAUGAAGAAUUCAUACCGUGCAACGCCUCUUGUGGUGGUGGCUUUCAAUCAAGAAACGUCACCUGCCGCUCAAGAGAAGGCUUAGAAAUCGUUGACGACGAACUCUGCGACGAAGGCCUAAAACCAGUCAUAAACCAGACCUGCAACACUGACCCUUGCCCUGCUGAGUGGGUCGAGGGACCCUGGAGCGAUUGUUCGAAACAUUGUGGAAAAGAAGGUGUAAGGAAACGUGAAGUCACCUGUGAGAAGAUCAUCGCUAAUGGGAUUGCAUCCUUGGUCGCAGAGAAGGAAUGCUUCGACUUACACGGCCCGAAGCCAGAGCUUUACCAAGAGUGCAACCGAGAUGCGAAGUGUCCUACCUGGUUCGUUGGUCACUGGAAAGCGUGUGACAAGCUAUGCGACGAGGGCAAACAGACCAGACAAGUUGUUUGCCACCUGAAGCAAAAUGGUCGGGUCAAAAUCUUUGAAGACUCGGAAUGUGAGAGUGAAAAACCGGAAACUGAAAAACCAUGCAUGCUGUCACUGUGUGAUGGAGUGGAUUGGAUCACCACGGAGUGGAAUGGUUGUGACACCUGCCUAUCAAAAGUUCGCACAAGGUUAGCGCUGUGCUCAACAAAAGACUACAGAGUGUACAACGACAGCUUUUGUAAUUAUCAUCACCGGCCCAUCACCGAGCAAUCAUGUACAGAUGUACCCCCCUGUGAAUAUCAGUGGUACGCCAGCCAAUGGAGCAAGUGUUCUGUGGAGUGUGGGGAAGGUGUGAAGACCAGAAAAGUGUUUUGUGGUCUUUACAUUAACAACGAAGUGCAGGAGGUCGAGGAUGCGAAGUGCAGUGAUCAGCCUAAAUACAACGAAACAAAACCGUGCUUAGUACCUGAUGAAAAAUGCCCCGCACAGUGGUAUGCUGGACCAUGGGAGAAGUGCACGGCAAAGUGCGGCGGUGGCGAUCAAAUCCGCAGCGUCAUGUGCAUGAGAGGCAACGAACACUCCAAGGACUGCAAAUCGUUGGCUGUACCCACAGCCCUUCAACCCUGUAACACGCAUGCAUGCAACGAAGAUGACCUGCUACCAGUGGACCCACUCUCCCCACCGAUUGUAGACGAAUUUUGUGCCGAGGAAGAUUACGCUGAGGUUGGAUUAGAAGAAAUCACCGGCAGUGGCCCCAAGCUCUCAACAAUGUUAGGCGAUGACCCAAGCACUGCAGACACUGAAUCAGAAUUUGAUACAACUGAGGAGUCUUCAACAUUCGAGGAUUCUACAACUCCGAUAAUAGAUUACGAUUACACAGACACUUCAUUUGCAACAGAUACUGCUGAAUUGGGAUCGGGCGAAACUGCUUCAAGCGAUGAAACUACGACUGAUGAACCAACUGAAAGUAGUGACAGUGAAUCAACAAACACUGACAAUAUAAAUGCCACUACAGUGAGUGAACUAAUUACAAAAGAUUCAACCAGUAGUUUAGAAUCUUCGAAAUCUGACAAAACCGACAUUACUUCAUCCGGAUAUAGUUCAGCCAGCAGUGACGACUCAAGCACACCUACUCAACAAUCAACAUACGCCAGCGAAUCUACAAAUGAAGAAUUAUUCAGUAGUACAGAAUCUACGGUAAAGGAUAAUACAGACAGCUCAUCUACCACUAUCUCAAGCAGUACCGAUAAGAAUGACGCGGCUACAGUCUCUGACUCGAUCGGUACGGAAGAUACUGAGAGUACCGAAAUAGGAACAACAGAUUCUAUAGCCUCCGGCUCAGAUGACACUACUGGCUCUGAUGAAACUACAGGUGAAGAAACCAUAACAGCCUCCGGCGUAAGUGUAAGUUCAACAGCAACGGAGUCUUCAGAGCCUACAUUAAUUACCAGUACUGAAUCAGAAUUAAGCAGCAGUUCGAAAUCUGAAUCUAUUGAUAUAGGUGAUCCUGAAUCUACAUCCGAUGGCUCUAGUACUUCGAGUUCUGAAUCUACGUCACCCGAAUCCACUGUUUCGGAAUCAGAAUCUACUUCACUUGAACCUAGUACUAUGGGAUCAGAAACUAUAUUACCUGAAACUAGUACUUCAGAAUCCGAAUCUGCAUCACCUGAAUCUAGUAAAUCUGAAUCAGAAUCUACGUCAUCUGAAUAUAGUGUUUCUGGAUCAGGCUCUACUUCACCUUAUUCUAGUACUUCAACAUUACCGGAAAAUAUUUCUUCAAAUUCAGAAUCUGUAUCCCCUGAAACUAGUAUUACAGAAUCAGAAUCUACGUUACCUGAAUCAAGUACUUCUGUAUCAGAUUCUACGUCAUCUAAUUCUAGUAUUUCUAUAUCAGAAUCAACAUCCACUGAAACUAGUAGUUCAGAAUCAACCACCACACCUGAAUCUAGUACCGCGGAAACAGAGUCAACAUUACCUGAAUCUAGUGUUUCACAACCAGAAUCUACUUCACCUGAAACGAGUACUUCAGAAUCAGAAUCCACAUCACCUGAGUCUAGUUCUACGGGAUCAGAAUUUUCUUCCUCUGAAUCUACUACUUCGAUAUUGGAGUCUUCGUCCCCGGAGUCUAGUGCCUCAGUAUCGGAAUCUACGUCUCCUGACUCUAAUACUUCUGAAUCAGUCUCUACGUCACUUAAAUCUAGCACCAUUGAAGCAAGAUCAACAUUACCUGAAUCUAGUACCUCUGAAUCAACCUCACCUAGUUCUAGUACUUCGGGAUCAGAAACUACAUCCCCCGAAUCUAGUACUUCCGGUUUCGAAUCUUCGUCACCAGUGUCUAGUACACCAGAGGUGGAAUCCACAUCACCUGGAUCUAGUAGUGCAAGAUCGGAGUCUACAUCACCCGUAUCUAGUACCUUUGAAUCUGGAUCAUCGUCACCUGAAGCAAGUACCUCUGAAUCAACACUACCUAGUUCUAGUUCUUCGGGAUCGGAAUCUACAUCACCCGAAUCUGGUACUUCCGGUUUCGAAACUUCGUCACCAGUGCCUAGUACAUCAGGGUCGGACUCUACGUCACCUGCAUUUAGUAGUACAGGAUCGGAAUCCACAUCACCCGUACCUAGUACUUUUGAAUCAGUAUCUAUGUCAUCUGAAUCUAGUACCUCUGAAUCAACACCACCUAGUUCUAGUUCUUCGGGAUCGGAAUCACCUGAAUCUAGUACUUCGGAAUUAAUAUCUUCAUCCACGGAAUCUAGUACAUCAGGAUCAAAAUCUACUGACGCAUAUUCAAGUAGUACUUCGGGAUUGGAAUCAACUUCACCGGAAUCCAGCGCUUCCGAUUUAGAAAUAACGUCAACCGAAACUAGUACCAUAGGAUCAGACUCUACUGUUGAAACAACAGCAACAACCUUAAGCGGAUCUUCCAUGGAAACUGAACCUACAUCCGUAUCAACUAGUAUUUCUGAAUCUGUACCAACUGAGGGCACAACUACAGAAAUUGAAGCCAGUGCAAGUACAACUGAAUCGUCUACGACCGGAGCCGGAGAAUUUUCAACUGAGGUCACCCCUCUUAGCAGUACAGAGGAAUCAAUGAAACAUACUUCUACUACCCCGUGGACGUUAACGACCGUUGUAACCAGUCCACCGAAAGUUUGCAAUAAAGCGCGUAAUUGCAACGAGACCGAUUUUGGUUGCUGUCCCGAUAAGAAAACUGCGGCUGAGGGACCCUUUGAUGACGGUUGUCCUAAACCUCGUACAUGCAAGGAGGCCUUAUUCGGCUGCUGUCCUGACGGGGUAUCCCCGGCACAGGGAGACAAUGAGGAGGGUUGCCCAGUUAUUCCUUGCGAAGAGACACUCUUUGGUUGUUGUACAUCUGAUAAUGAAACUGCAGCUCUUGGAAACGAUGACGAAGGUUGCCCAGCUCCGUGCAGAGUUACCAAUUUUGGUUGUUGUGCUGACGAGGAGACUGAAGCUACUGGAGAAAAUGGUGAAGGCUGUCCAGAGUACGUAAGUACAACAGAGGAGACUACUAGUGAAAGUACCACUGUCAGUGAAGGUCUCACCAGUGAAGAUUCGACCAGUGAAAGCUCCACUAGCGAAGGCUCUACCACCAGUGAAAGUGAAAACACGAGUGAAGGUAUCUCCUCUUCCACUGAAAGCUCCACAACCCCCGAAGGAUGUGCUGUCUCCGAAUUUGGCUGUUGCUAUGAUAACGCAACUGAAGCUUCAGGACCCGAUAUGCAGGGAUGCCCGUGCACAGCUACUGAAUUUGGUUGCUGUCCUGAUGGUGUUUCACCAGCUCAAGGUGAAGAUAACAAGGGCUGUCAAGGUUCAUGCAAAAAUUCAAAAUAUGGAUGUUGUUCUGAUGGUGAGAGACCAGCGCACGGGCCUGACUUCGAGGGCUGCUGCUUACAGACUGCAUUCGGCUGUUGUCCUGAUAAUCGCAAGGCGGCCGAAGGACCACACCUUGAAGGUUGUGGAUGCCAACACGCGCAAUAUGGCUGCUGCCCUGACAGCGUGACCGCCGCUCGAGGACCUAACAAUGAAGGUUGCGGCUGUCAGUACACCGACUUUGGUUGUUGCCCUGACAGGCAUACAAUAGCGUCUGGACCCAACUUCGAAGGCUGCAGCUGCCUCACGUAUCAAUUUGGCUGCUGCCCUGAUGGCGUCACCAUCGCAACAUCACCAGAUCAGCAGAGCUGUCGUUGCGAAUUCAGCACGUACGGCUGCUGCAGCGAUGAAAAGACUCCUGCUACUGGACCCAACGGAGCUGGAUGCGAUUGCUCCACGAGCAAGUAUGGAUGUUGCCCUGAUGGACAAACUGAAGCAGCAGGAGUUCAAUUCCUUGGAUGCACUAAUGUACCAGAAAAUAAACAAGCUGUAUGCAGUUUAUCUUCGGACCCUGGACCAUGCAGUAACUACACUGUCAUGUACUUCUAUGACCGAAGCUUUGGUGGGUGCUCCCGAUUUUGGUACGGAGGCUGCGAUGGCAACGGUAAUAAAUUCACUACAAAGGAAGACUGCGAGGAUAUCUGUGUGCGGCCAGCACCUAAAGACGCUUGCAAACUACCAGAUGUAAAGGGCCCUUGUGACGCGGACCACGUCCGGUGGUACUACAACAGCACAAGGGAGCAAUGUCUACCGUUUAGAUACGGGGGAUGUCUGGGCAACGCCAACAACUUCGAUUCCAGGGAACUGUGUCAGACAAAGUGUGAGCCAGACAAGACCACAGAUACAUGCAACCUACCAAUCGAGCAAGGUCCUUGCGCGGGUAACUUCAGCCGUUGGGGCUACAACAGUGAGUCGCGUACCUGCGAACAGUUCAUCUGGGGAGGUUGCGCAGGAAACAACAACCAGUUUAAGACACAAGCUGCCUGCCAGCUACGUUGUGGUACGCAAAAUGUCGUAUGCUCUGAGCAGCAAGAGGCCGGUAACUGUGACGGCAAGGAAGCUUUGUGGUCGUUCAGUCAAACAGAAAACCGUUGCAUGCCUUUCUACUACACUGGAUGUGGUGGCAAUGGCAACAGAUUCGAAUCCAGGGAGAGUUGCGAACAGUCUUGCCCAAGUGUUUACGUGCCUGACAAGUGCACACUGCCUGCUGAGUCGGGUGACUGUGCCGACUAUCGAGUGAAAUGGUUCUACGAUACACGCAUCAAGAGGUGUCGUCAAUUCUACUACGGAGGUUGCGGCGGUAACAAGAACAACUUCGAUACUGAGAGUGAGUGCUCUAACGAGUGUACCGAGCCGGUCAUAACUACUACUACCUCCACCACAAUUAGACCAACUCAGCCGCACAAUGCACCGCAACCAGAGCCCGAGCCACGGACGCAACCAGAGCCACAACGGCAACCUGAACCUGAACCAGACAGAGAAGCCUUCUGUUUCUUGGAAAUCAACGCUGGCGGGCUAUGCUCAGUCUCGCCGGCGGUAACGCGCUUUGCGUACAACAGUACGCUCGGCAAAUGUGUAACAUUCCAGUACAAUGGUUGUGGAGGAAACCAGAACAACUUCCCCAAUGAGGAGUUCUGUACAUACUACUGUCAUCCUGUGCAAGACAUCUGUCAAUUACCGAUGAUGACAGGCACUUGUGAAGAUUCAGUAAUGAACUGGUUCUAUGACCCUGUCGAUGACUCCUGCAGCCAGUUCACGUACUCAGGCUGUGGUGGAAAUGGCAAUAGGUUCGAGAGUCGUGAGGCUUGCGAGAGUAGAUGCAGGACUGGACCAGAAGUCGAACCAGCCACGACGAAACCAACAACUCUUGCUACCACCGUCGCUGUCGAUAAUCAUCUUGGAGAGCAACUACGAUCAGAGUGCAGAGCGUCGCCUUUCCUUGAAGAAUGUAGAAGCACCGGUGAAGUGUGGUACUUCAACCCUCGUCACCACGAGUGUGUGUCACACGUGAACCAGGAGCGUGGCAGGAACUGCAGGCACACGGCCGUCUUCGAAUCCCAGGAGGCUUGUGAGAGGAAGUGUGGUGCCUUCCAGGGAAUCGAUGUCUGCAAACAACUUUUAGACGCAGGUCCUUGUCAAGAAUUUGUAACGAAGGUGUACUUUGAUUCCAAUUCCAACACUUGCAAGGAAUUCGCAUACAGUGGUUGCCUUGGAGGAGCCAACCGAUUCUCAAGCAUUGAGGAAUGCACGGAAGUCUGCGGGGUCAAAACAACUACACCAGAUAUAUGUUCAUUGCUACCGGACCAGGGCAACUGCGAUUCCUAUGUUGAGCAAUGGUACUACGACGCGAGCCAUGGUGACUGUACUCAGUUUGUAUACACGGGAUGUGGCGGAAACACCAAUAGGUUUGACACGCGUGAGGAUUGCGAAAACAGAUGUAAGCCAGUGAUUACAACUACUACUACGAUAGCGUCCAUUGUUCACCCAGAGGAGCAACAUGAAUGCAAAACGCCGAGUUCCCUUGCUCCAUGUGGUUACAACUCCACCGUGUUCUACUACGACUCGAACACCAAGAGUUGUCUGCCGAGCGAGUUUGGUAGUUGCAGGCACCCCAACUCAUACCGCAGCGAAGAAGAGUGCGAGAGGCAAUGUGGCGCCUUCCGCGGUGAAGUCGACAUAUGCCAAGCUCAACUGGAUCCGGGUCCUUGUCGUAACCCUGUGAUGAAGUAUUACUUCGACUCUCUGACAGGAAGAUGCCAAUCGUUUACGUACGGCGGCUGCGCCGGUGGACCAAACAGGUUCUCCACCAUUAACGAAUGCGAAGAAAUUUGCGGCGAGAGCGGACUAGCGCCGGCGUGCCUGCAGGAGGUGGACACGGGGCACGCGGAGGGGUGCGCGGCGCCGGCGCUCCCGCGCUACCACUACAGCGCGCCGCGCGGGGACUGCCUGGCCUUCGCGUACCAGGGCUGCGGGGGCAACGAUAACAACUUCCCCUCUUACGACAAUUGUCGCCAAUACUGCAAGCCGCCCGGAAAGAACAAGUUGGGUUGCGAGUCCUACGAGCGUCACUGCGCGUCGUUGACCUGCGACUCCAUCGUGCGCUCCUCAGCGCCGGGCGGCUGCGAGAGUUGCUCCUGCGCUGAUACAACCUCACAGUGCCAGCAGUUACACGAAGAGUGUGAGACGAUUGCUUGUCCAUACGGAGUUCGAAAGCUCCAGGAUAAUGGUUGUGAAAGGUGUAUAUGUGAUGAAGACCCCUGCCUGAGGAACAACUGCACAGAAUAUCAGCGAUGUGUGACGAUAUCAGUCGCCAACCCUGUAACGCGCAAGCCGAGAUACUCUUACAGAUGUGAAGAACCAGAGGCGCCUCCAGUUGCAUUACCUUUGCCUGAACCCGAGGUCAACGCGAUAGAAGGCGGUGAUGUAACGCUGCGCUGCCUCUUCCACAGCAACCCACCACCCAAGGUCACGUGGAAGAAGGGAGAAAUUGCCAUCGACGGCAACGUGGGCCGCUACUUGGUGACGUCAGACGGCGCGCUGCAGAUCGUGUCUCUGCACCACAACGACACCGGCGUGUACAUCUGUAUAGCUGACAAUGGACUCGGUAUUGCCACGCAACAGAUUACGCUUAUCGUUGGCGGAGACGAAACGAACGAAGUGACACCAGACUGCUCGCGGUACGAGGCGGAGUGCGAGCGCCUCCGCUGCGCCUCUGGUGUGGAGCACAUGCAAACUGCCGACGGCUGCCACCGCUGCCAGUGCGCGCCCCCCACCAUCAACUGCGAGCCCUACACGGAAGCAUGCAACAGGCUCAAUUGCUAUUACGGAUUGGAUAAGACCGUGGGACAUGAUGGUUGUGAAAGGUGCUCAUGCGUGGACCCUUGCGCUCCGGGUCUGGUGACUUGCAACGUGGGUGAGCGAUGCGUUGUGGUCUCCUACAGGGACCCUCUCUCCGAAGGGCUGAAGUACUCCCCUGAGUGCAGAGCUGUGACAAAACCGGGUCUGUGUCCAACCGAUGACGUCUUCUCCAACGAAAUAUUGUGUGAAGACGAGUGCAAGGACGACGCGGACUGCCGCGGCAACGGCAAGUGUUGCACGAGAGGCUGCAAGAGGACGUGCGUGGAGCCCGCCGAGUCCACUCCCGCGCCGGUCAUCAUCACCACCACCCAUAGUCCAGACAUGCCAGCACCUCCAAGGGCAUUACCGCUGCAAGAACCGGAUCUGUCGGUGGCCGAGGGCGGCAAGGCCACGCUGCGCUGUCUGUUCCACAGCAAUCCACCGCCCAAGAUAGCGUGGAGAAGAGGAGAGAUUACCAUCAACGGCAACGUGGGCCGCUACAGGUUGACAUCCGACGGUGCUCUCGAGAUCGUCUCUCUGUACCGCAACGACACCGGCGUGUACAUCUGCGUGGCCGACAACGGACUUGGCACUGCCAAGCAGGAGAUAAACCUCAUCGUUACUGAUCCUAAGGAAACGCCUGUGGGAAUCGCUGGUGAUGAAAACGCGGUGAUAACUGGUGAGCUGAAUAAACGUCUGGUGAUACGCUGUCUGGCCUACGGAUACCCAGUUCCUGAUGUGUUCUGGACACGCGACAACUAUAUGGUGCCGUUUAACGAUGCUGUCUACGAGGUCCGAGGAAACUCGCUGCUUAUAAGAAACUUGAGUAUCGAAACCCUCGGACAAUACACCUGUCAAGCCUAUAAUGGAGUCGGGAAAGCUGCUUCGUGGGUAGUGUUGGUGCGCGCAUACAGGCCCGAAGGGUUCUUCAUCGAGCACGAAUACUUGGUGAUACGCAAUAGCAUCACCACCACCAGACGCAUACCACUGACUACCACUCUGGAGAUUAGUACUACCACUACCACUACCACCACUUCUGAACGACCUGUAUUCUUUACCGUGCCGGUAAGCGCGCACGUCUCGACGACCUACAAUACGUUGAACAUUGGCACGGAGCUGCGUCUCGCCUGCGAAGUGGACGGCUUCCCGGAGCCAACGGUAUAUUGGACCAAGGAUGGACAAAGACUCGAGCCUGAUGAUAGAACUUCUAUUACGGGCAACACAAUAUCUCGGCUUGCCAUCUCACGUGUGACGGUAAGCGACAGCGGACUGUACGGAUGCCACGCAGAUAACGGAUAUUCAUCUCACUCCGACAACGCGCAGAUCAACGUACAACAACUGACGGUGCCGGCCAAAUGCACUGACAAUCCAUUCUUCGCUAAUUGUGACCUCAUCGUGCGCAGCAGAUUCUGCAACCACAAGUAUUAUUCCAAAUUCUGUUGUAAGUCGUGCGUGGAGGCAGGCCAGCUGGACCCUCAAUUGGCCGAAGCGCAAGCCGACCAGCCCUACCGCAAGAAGUAA